GAUGGUGGUGACCUCAUGUGGGCUUCCUCAGCAGUGUUUAAAGUCCAGAGGAGAGGGGACUUGUCGCCUACGCACACCAGCUUGCUCCCACUCCUCCCUGCCUGCACAUCUGCCUGGACAAGGGCUCCGGGGCCUUCAUCUGAACUGCAGCAUGCGGCUGCUUUUUGAGGCAGCAGUUCUGUGCCUGACGCUAGGCUUUGGGCAAUCCACUGAGGAAACAACACAGGAGAACACCGGGCACCAGGUGCCACAAGCAGAGUCAUCCUAUGCAGACUGGGGCAUCGAGGCCAUCCGGGACAGCUUUGAAACGGUUAAUGGCUACUUUGACUCCUUCUUGGAACUGUUGGGGGGGAAGAACGGCGUUUGCCAAUACAGAUGUCGAUAUGGGAAGGCUCCAAUGCCGCGACCUCACUACAAACCCCAAGAACCCAACGGCUGUAGCUCCUAUUUUCUGGGGCUCAAGCUGGAUUUGGGCAUCCCUGCCAUGACCAAGUGCUGUAACCAGCUGGACGUUUGUUAUGACACCUGUGGGGCCAACAAAUACCGCUGCGACGCCAAGUUCCGCUGGUGCCUUCACUCCAUCUGCUCUGACCUCAAGCGCAGCCUUGGGUUCGUCUCCAAGGUGGAAGCUUGUGAAUCCAUUGCAGAUACCGUGUUCAACACCGUCUGGACCCUGGGCUGCCGGCCCUUCAUGAACAGCCAGAGGAGCGCCUGCAUUUGCAAUGAGGAAGAACGAGAUGAAUUGUGAAGAGCAGCAGCUGCCCCGGCUCCAGGAGCCUGCAGCCAAGCAUCCCCUCUCAGCUAUGACACUUGAGCACAGUGAUUUCUGUCAGCCCUCUGGCCUAGCGCAGGAUGGGGGGACCUAUGCCAACCAACACACAUCAACUACAGCUUUUGGGCAGAGGGCUGUGAAAGCGGAGACAGCCUGUGAGUACUGGGCAGUGAUGCCUGCUGUCCGCCACAGAUGCAGCUCAACAGCCAUACCCCUUUCCAAGUCCAUCACUCUGAAUGAUCUGACGCCAAUUUUCUCUACAGACUGAUGAGGAGAGGGGAGCAGGAUGCAGUGCCAGUUAUAAACAAGGGCCUUCACUUGUUUGUUGGCCUUAGACCUAUGUGCAUUAGCUCCUCCUACCCCUUAACUCCCUAAUUUGCAUUGGGCUUCUAGAGCCCCUGAAAAUCCUAGUUCGUGGACACAUUAUUUGUGCUUUUCCACCACUGGUUACAGACUGAAGAGGGGUAAUUUGCUUUCAGUAUGUGGCUCACACCCAUCCCUGGUAUUUUCCAUCCUGUCAUUGUGCACCCCGACAACCCUGCUUAUUUAAAUACUUGGUGGACUGAAACCUGAUUUAACAUUCAGGGAUUUGGUAAGCACGAGAAAGACUUCAGGAGUUUGUGUUACAGGCACAACUCAUGUCUGGGCAGAAGGGGACCAAAGCCCAUUGUGUCUGAGAUGUGGAAUCACUGCCUUCUCCCACAGUUUCAGGAGAAGAAGGUGCUUUUCUUUUGUGGUGUCAUCCAGAUCUAUUUAAUUAUUUUCCUCCUGUAUCAUUUAACAACGCUGUUCCCUUAGGAUUCCAUUUUACACAAAAUGGCUGGGUAUACACCUCCAUCUUUUGCACAAGGGAAACAAGAGGCUCACACUUGCCUUUUGGAGGAGAUAUUAAAAAUCCUGGAGGCUUAUUUGUCGGGUGGCAGGGUUUACGUGAUGCCUCCAUGAGGCAGAGACACUGCCAGCUGGGGAGAUCAGCCACCCUAGACGGCAUUCUUCCUACAACGUGGUUAAUACUUCCAUCUGCUAUUGAGAGCCUUUAUUGCAUGCAAAAUUAGGAUGUAAGUGAUACAUGGAAUUUCACCAACAUGUAACAUUUGCAGACAGCUUUCAUCUGUGUUUCUCGUUGAAAAGAAGUUGCUACUGGCUGUGUGCGCCAUGCCACAUCAAUACUUUAGCAUCAUCUGCAAACAUAUUUAUGGUUAUGUUCCUCCAUCUGCCAGAGAAAAGUUAGAGCUGCAGCAGGGCGAUUUGACAAGAAUGGAAGUUUGUGUUUGUGUAUUAAUGCAUGCAUGGAGCUAUAAAGUAUUUAAGCCCCACAUUCUUGUACUUGCUAGUCAUUGUUUUACGGUGAACAGCAAUGAGAUAUUCAUUGCCCUAAACAGAUUGAAACGAGACCACACUGGUAUUAAUGCCAGGAAAAUUAAGUGACAGCAUGAGGGGUACUGGGCUGUUUUCUGUUAAGGAGAACCUUAAUUUACACCUAUUAGAUGCCGCAAUGUCCAUUCCUAGCUGUGUUAACACCACUGCACGAAUGCUGCAUUGCCAAGGUUCAUUGCAGUGUGCGUCUAUCAGAGAGCAUGAGGCUGGACAGGCAGUCUGAUCAGCUGGCUAAGAAACAUGUGGUUUUGGCUAGGGAUGGGAAGGAAGUAUUCCUUGUUCCAGACAUUUGCUAAACUUUCUGUUUUGUUGGUGAAAUGGUGCCUGUUGCUGGUUUUAAAUGUAAGCAUACUCUUACGAUUAAAAGGUAAAACUGAAAAAAAAAAAAGAAAAUUUAUCUUGUCUACGCUCAACAGCCAACUUGUUGGCAAAUAUCUUAAAGCAUUUUAUAUUUCAGGCAGCAUCAGGUUAAUGCCAGGCCAAGCAACUGAUGACAGGUGAUAUACACUGGAGAAACCGAAGGGUUCUGAACAAAAUCUCUCUAUCCACACACUGACGUUUUGGAGACACCACUAACAUAAAUCAUAAUUUCUUCACCCUUUCAGUCCACCGUUCAUCUCCAAACACUGCAGACUGCUGCAGGUGGGGCAGCUACUGAAUAUCCACUACAAAGCUCAGCUGUGGCAUUCCGAAAAAAACCCAUGAGCAGUUCUAAAAGGAAAUUUUUUAACCUUCAAGUGGUGGCAGUUUCUCAAGAAACCAGCACAUAAUCCUGCAUAGGAGAAAAGCAACGUAUGAACUAGAGAAAAACGUCUGCAUCCCAACCAAAAGCUGCUUCCCCUCUGUGCUGCUCCUGCCACUCGGUGGUGUACAGCUGCUGAUCAUGGGACUUGGCACGUCACUGCACAAACCCUGGGUCAUCUUCCUCUUCACCCUGCUCUGAACAGGAAGCAGACACUGUGCUCACCCAAUGGCUUCCUGUGUAUUGGCAGGAUUAUUUGCAGCUCUUGCUGAUGUUCAACACGUUUGGCCAGUGUGUCCUCUUCCUAGUAACAGUUCCCCAGACAGCAAUCUCUGUGUCUCUGCUGAGGACACAAAAGCAGGGGCUAGGACAUCAGGUAGUAGGUGUUUACUCCUGGACAUCCAACAUUCAAACAUUCACUUUACAUCCUAAGAGAGAAUGAAGUGGCACCAGCCAGAACACCAAGCGCAAAGCAGCCCAGAACUACGGCUGGCAGUGCUGGUUGGACUCUUGGGAGCACUCGUCAAGCACAGUGCCGUCUCACACAUGCAGUGCCUGCUCAGGCAGCACAUGUAGCUUCCACUCUGUGGCGUGGCCGAUUAAAUUAAACAAACAAACCCCUUGGCUCUCAGAUGAGUUUGGCCUUUUGAUUUCAUGUCCAGGCUGCAAUGCUGAAAAAGAAGACAGAUGGAAGGAAGAGGUCAAAACUGGGGAGCACUAAAAGACUUUGAAAAAUGGUUUCAUUUGUGCCUAGGAGCCAUCCCCUCUACAUCAGAGGAGGUAUGGACAUACGGCAGUGGCAGACAGCAGACUUUCUAUCCUGCUGGCAGGGCAAACGCAACAUCUUUGCAGACUACUCGAUUCACACAGCCACACAGCGCAGCAAAGAGCCCUCCUCCUUGCUC